GUGUAGCAGGUCAUGGUUGCAUACMGACACGGGGAAGAACUUAGCGCUUCAAAAACCCCUUUUCUCUCCUAAGUACAAAACAGUAUGAACGUCAAUAAGUCUUAUAGCUUUAACUUUAAAAGUUAGAAUAAGGAAAUUUGACUUUUGAGGUUCAGAACUGAGUAAAAACCACAUUCGAAUCGAAUCCAAUUAUCAGAGUUCAGAACGUCAAGUUGAAUAUUCAAGGAUGGAUGACUUAUCAAAGGUCCAAACAAACGAGUUUGAGUCAAGCUCACUGAAGUCACUAGAAAAUGGUUUGAAGAGUAGCUCGGAGAGUUUAGGGAAGCAUUCAUUGUCUAAUGGAAGUAUUGUGAAAGACAAGACUGAUGGGGUUUUUGUGGAUGAUAGUCCUCAGACCAAUGAAAAAAAUGGUGUUUCAAUUGGUCAAGAUAUUGGAAUUGCCAAUGGAAUAAAAAGGUCUGAUAAAGAGGAUAGCAGUGAGGAUUUGAAAGACAAAAAUGACAAAGGUAUUGCCAAAAUCAAUAUUUCCAAGAAAGAUGCAACGAGAUCAGAUUCAGAGACUAGUUCAACUUUGUCUUCAAGUUCAGAUGAAUCUGAGGAUGAUGAGAGCAAUAAAAAGCAGGAAAAUCAAAAACAAGUUAAUGUAAGCCAAAGUAAAGACAAAAACRAGGCUGCUGGAUUAUGCAAUGAAGAGCUCACGCUCAAGUUGCAAGAAGCAUGGAGUAGAUAUGAAGAAUUAAAGGGAAAAAAUGAUGAGCAAGAACAGAAAUUGGCUGAUGCUAACGAGAAGAAUAAGAAUCUCUUUGAUACUACUGAAAAUUUAAAACAUAUCAAUGAAGAGCUGCAAGAGGAACUUAAGAGUAAAGAUCAACAACUCCAAAGCAGAUUGUUUGUCCUUGAGGAACGAGACAGCACAAUUGAAAAGCUUAGAUCAGAAUUAGCAGACAUGAAGUCAAGCAGAGAGUCAAUGGAAAAUGAAUUAAAAGAUGCAAGAGAAGAACUUGGAAARCUGCAGUCAGCUCAAGGAGAUCAAGAGCAGUCAACCAAAGAGUGGAUAGAAGCUUUUAAACAACUGCAAACAAAGGCAGAUGAUCAAGAUGAAGAAAUUGGAAAACUGAAGGAUCAGCUGGAAAUGGCCAAAAAAGAAAUAGAAAUGCAUGGAACUGAUAAAACAGAAGUGGAGAAAAAACUACAAGAGGAGCUUGCUAGUGCCAAAAACACCAUACGAAGUGUAAAUCAAGCAAAUUCCAAACUUGAAGCCAAACUUAGCAACUCACAGACUAUCACUGAAACUGCUGAAGUUGAAAGCAAGAAGUUGAAAGCUGAAAUCAAGUCACUUAGAGAUAAGAUUAAAUGGCUGGAGAGAAGAAGAGCAUCAGAGAAAGAAGGUAGUCCAAAUUCAACUCCUAGAUCAGAGAGUGCAUCCAGAGCAGCAGAACAGAUGGACAGGAAACAAUCUCAUGAAACAUUAAGAAGAGUCCAAGAAAGAGUAAAAGAGUUGGAGCAGAAAGUAAUUCAAGUUAAUGAUGAGAAGCAGAAAUUGAAGCAUGAUUAUGAUGAGGCUGUUAAAGCUCUUGAGGCAGUGGACAAAGUGUAUAGCAUAAGGGAGUUGGCAUUACAGCAGUACAAGACUGAGCURGAUGAGGCAAAUGAGUUAAUAAAGCAACAAUCCUCUGAGAUCCAAGAUUUAAAGCCAGAAGUAGAGCAGCUAAAAGUGGAGCUGAAAAGGGCAGAGGAAAAUAAAGAAGAAAACCAAGCUGCAAGAGAAGAGUUAAAAGAACAGAUCACAAAAUCAAAAGAGGCUAACAGAAUAUAUAAAGAAGAGAUUGAGGAUGUCCGAAAAGAAUUAGGUGAUCAAGUCCACGAACUGCAAUUAGCACAAGCUAAAGGCAGAGAAAGAGGCAAAAAGAACCAGAUACUAGAACUAGAAGUGAGAGAAAUGAAAGAAACCUUGCAGAUUUCUAAAAGUGUCAUUGAAGAAAAGGAAAAGAACAUGGAAAGCUUGAGAGAAGAUCUGAGAAAUGAAAAGAAAAACUGCAAACAACUUCAGCAAGACCUUGAAGAAGUAGAUUAUCUUAAAAAGAAACUUCAGCUGAUCGAAGAUGAAAAGGCAAGAAUAAUAGAAAAAUUGAAAAGAACUGAGACUGAUUUGAAAGAAACUGAGGAAUCACUGAAGAAAAGUUGCCUCAAGAUCAAGGAAAUAGGAAAAGAAAAAGAAACCUUAAGUAGGAAUAACCAGAAGCUGAAAAGUAAAUGUGAAGAUCAAGACUAUCAAAUCCAAACUCUCCAGGAAGUGGUAGCAAACAAAGAGAGUGACAUYGAACAGCAGCUUAUUGCACUUAUCCAUACCAGAUCACAGGUUGAUGAACUUAACCUUCAGCUACAAGAGAUGUGGGCUUCGUACAGUGCUGACAAGGCAUUAUGGAAGAAUAAAGGAGGAAGGUCCAUAAGGAGAAGACAUAGGAGUGCACCAUCUAAGAGAAUCCAACAAGCUUCUCCUCCUCUCUACCAGUCACCACCUGAAUCCAAGAUGCAUAGCUUAGCUCACAGACGAUUGGUCAAUAAACUUGGUUUACCAGUAGUCAAUCCAGAUUUCAUUAACACAAUGCAUAAGGAUAUCCAACCAGAAAGUACUCAGAAGUCCACUCAAAACAAUGAAGUCCAAGAUGUGUCAGAUGGUCCACCAAACAAUCUAAAGGCUAGUGAUAAAACCUCACAAACACCAGACCAAACAAAAGACAAUCAACAAAAACUAUCCCCCAGACCACCACCAGAUGACAUAGACAAAAGAAAACCCCACCGACCUCUAUCGUCAUAUGGCAUCCACACCCACCCACCAAUGAAUGGAGAAUAUAACAGGACUUUCAGUGGUAUGCGGAGUGAAGAUUUAUGGCUGCAUACUGACGGUCUUAGCAUUGCCAGUGGCGACACAGAUGAAGAAAUUGCCAAGUACUUGGUAAACAAAGGGGACAGAGUUAUGAUACAGAGUAAAGUUGUUGGUGAUGAUAACCUGAAUAUUUCUGGUGUGGUUAAAUAUGUUGGUAAAGUUGGCAAGAAAACUAAUAGUCCUGUCUAUGUGGGCCUGAAACUUGAUCAACCCUUUGGUGAUAACAGUGGCACAGUAGGAGGAAAGCAGCUUUUUAGUUGUCCACCAAGACAUGGAAAACUCAUCAAAAUGUCUGAAGUUAAUGCCGUCAUGCAUCCAAGGACCAAGAACUACAAUAGAGUAAAGUCCAUGACCCUAAACUGGUAAUAUGGGUGGAACUUAGCC